UCCACCUCCUCCUCCUCCUCUUCCUCUUAUUUCUCACCGACCGCAUCCCCUCCACCACCUGCCACAGCAGCGACGCAGCGAUGGAGAGCUGCUGCGAAUUCAUUUAAAGCCCACGGAAGAGGACCUGAGGAUUGAGAGACUGAAAGAGAAAGAGCGAGAGAUACAGGCUGAGGUGAAGACAGACACAGAGGUAGACAUAGAGGAAGAGAGAGGAAGAGAGAGAGAGAGAGAGAGAGAGAGAGAGAGAGAAAAGGCAGAGUGACAAGCAGGAACACAGAAACAUAUGGUUUGUCUGAUGAGCGGCUGUUUCUGAGGAGGACCCGGGCUAAAACUUAUCCAACCACGGCGAUCGGCUGCGAGGCACAUUUUGAUUCGUCCAUCUCAUUUUUGGACACUUCUUUGCCUUACAUACAUAUAUAUUUUGCGUGCUCUCACCUGUGCGAGGCUGUGGCUGAUCAAACACCUCAGAUUAGUUUGUGCGCGGCUGGAUUGCGGCUGUUGUAACCUCCCUGUACGCGCACACAUCCACACGCACACGGAUCAUCACAAGACGCGGCGCAGCCCUACAAAAGCUUCUUGCGAGGAGGAAAUUGAAUUAGACAAGUUCUAUCCCCACAGCACAGGAGGAGGACAAGAGUGGCUGGCUCUCGGCUCUCCCUUCAUUUGUUCACCGGCUCAUCGUGCCUCCUGCGGGCCCACCAGGAGUCUCUUAUACCCCCUCUCCUCUCCUCUCCUCUCCUCUCCUUCUCCCCCCCCCCUUCCCCUACACCGGUAACCAUGUCUGGACAGACUGUGACCAUCCCGGACGACCGGGCAUUUGCCAGCUUCAAGGCGGAGUGUCUGUGCGAGGAGGGCUGGAGUAUGAACUACAGCAAAGGGGGCAUCACAGUGUGGAGCCAGGGUCUGGAGGAGGGGAAGUCCGUCCACAAAAUUAAGUGUCAGAUGGUGUGUAAGGACGUGUCAGCUGAAACCAUGUACGACGUUCUCCAUGACAUUGAAUACAGAAGGAAAUGGGACACAAACGUCAUUGAGACCUUCGACAUCGGGAAACUUACGGUCAACGCCGAUGUCGGUUACUACUCAUGGAGGUGUCCAAAACCUCUUCGGAACCGCGAUGUCAUCACACUUCGCUCUUGGCUGCCAAUAGGGAAAGAUUACAUCAUCAUGAACUACUCUGUCAAACAUGCCAAAUACCCUCCUAAAAAGGACAUGGUGAGAGCUGUGUCUAUUCAGACUGGCUACAUGAUCCAGUGCCAGGGACCCAACCGUUGUAUCCUCACUUACAUGGCCCAGGUAGAUCCCCGAGGUUCGUUACCCAAGUGGGUUGUCAACAGGUCUUCACACCUCCUCGCUCCUCGUGCAAUGAAGAAGAUCAACAAAGCCUGUUUGAAGUAUUCAGAGUGGAAGCAGAGACACAACCCUGGCUUAAAGCCCUGGCUCUACCCCGAACAGACUACAUUACCCAGCAUCCCUCUCUCUGAGCUCAGCAUCCAGCAUGCUGAGAGCCUGGAGAAUAUUGAUGAGAGCUCCCUGGCUGAGACCCAGGAGAGAGAAGACAGCGACUGACACAAAAACACACACAGACACAAUCAUGUAUUCAUGCACACACAAACAGUAAUGCAGUCUUACAUGCAUGCCUGAUCCACAUCCACAAUUACACGUACCGGUAUGUAUAUGUGAUUCUGCAUGUAAAUAUGUGUGUGUAUAUACAUGCACGCACAUACUUGCAUACAUACUGUACAUGCAGUUGAAUGUGCAGGCAUACCAACAGGCCCAUGUAUGUAAGCAUUCAUGCACACAGACUCAUACUUGGUCAACUCCAUCUACUUGCAUACAUAAUGUAUGAACACAUACAUACACGGACAUGAAACAUAGAUGCACUCACAGAUACACACCCACCCACUUAUAAGUGGAAGCGAAACUACGUAUUUUUACAAGUCAGUAAACUGAUAUUCAUCCUAUGCAGAUUGUCAUAGCAAAAUAUAUUUUCAGUAAGAUUUACUGUUAAAGUCUUUACCAACUAAUCUGACAUAUCAAAAUAUGAACAACAAAUUUCAGAACUACACUAUCCUCUUUUACCUGCAAGUUAUUUCUAUCUAAUCUAAUGGGAAGGCCCCCUUAGUGCAACCCCCAAUGCUUGUGUAUACAGUGAGUACAUAAACACCUUCAUUUAAACUACAUGUAAGCACUUAGACAUGUAUACACACUCAGUUUGUGUCUCUCUUCCCAUUGUUGUCUCCCUGUCAAUCAUUCUGACUCCAUCACAUUUUGUAAGCACAUGAUAAAUGCGCAGGUGUGCAGAAGGCAGCUGGAACCCCCAACCCAACCUGCAACCCUCUCACACACACAAA